GAAGAUAAAUUAUAAAAUUAAUUAUAAAAACUUUCGAAUUAUUCUAUGGGUUCAGUUAUUUCUCAGCUACCAAAACAAACUGUUGUCGUCAACAUGUCUACUCCUCAAGCACAAUUCGUACAAAAUGCUAUUAAGGACAAUAAAGUUGUAAUAUUUUCGAAAUCCUAUUGUCCCUAUUGCACAAUGGCCAAGGAUCAAUUCCAUAAAUUAUCCGUUAACUAUCAUGUCAUCGAAUUGGACAAACGCAAUGAUGGCGAUGAAAUCCAGUCAAUUUUGGGAGAAAUUACUGGUGGCAAAACGGUUCCACGUUGCUUUAUAGAUGGCAAAUUCGUGGGUGGCGGUACUGAUGUUAAAAAAAUGUACGAACAAGGAACUUUACAAAAGUACUUCACCUAAAUAAAAUAAUCCUACAGAAAAUGUUGUGCAAAAGAAAAAGCUAUAAAUAAACACACUCAUAAAUUUCUUAAAUAUCAA